CAUCCGCAGACCCAAAAGCUCACACUCACAACCCUCCUUGGGAGUGGAGAAGAAGAAGGUGACGAUGGGGGGCCGGAAAAUGGUGGAGUUUCUGGCGUUCCUGGCCCUCUGGGCGUCGUCCUCCGUGGCGGAGGCGAGCCACGUUGAUGGGUUGCCGUCGAUCAUGGGGUACGACCCAGAGGACCUGAAGUCGGAGGAGAGGCUGGCGAGCCUGUUCGAGAGGUGGAGUGCGAGCCACCGGAGGGUGUACAGGCACGCGGGGGAGAGGGAGAGGAGAUUCCGGGCCUUCAGGGACAACCUCGCCUACAUCGACCGGAGAAACAGGGAGCUGGCCGGCCGGAGAGGCGGCGGAGGUCACACCGUCGGGCUGAACCGCUUCGCAGACCUCACCAAUGAGGAGUUCAAGUCCAUCUACUUGAGGAAGAUUAGGCGGCCGGCGAAGAGGAGCCGCGGCGGCGACAAGCGGAGCAAGAGGAGGUGGCAGCUCAGGUCCAUGUCCGACAUCCCCUCGUCGUUGGACUGGAGAGAGAAGGGUGUUGUCACCGCUGUUAAGGACCAGGGCGACUGCGGAAGUUGUUGGGCAUUUUCUUCAACUGGAGCCAUAGAAAGCAUCAACGCCAUUACUACGGGAGAUUUGAUCAGCCUUUCUGAGCAGGAGCUCAUCGAUUGCGACACGACGAACUACGGUUGUGAUGGAGGAUACAUGGAUUAUGCCUUCGAAUGGGUCAUCCAGAACGGCGGCAUCGACACCGAGGCCGAUUACAGCUACACUAGCUAUCUUGGGCAAGAUGGUGUGUGCAAUGUUACUAAGGAAGACACAAAAGUUGUUACCAUUGAUGACUAUGAAGAUGUUGCUGAGAAUGAGACAGACCUGCUUUAUGCUGCUGUUAGUCAACCUGUCAGUGUUGGAAUCGAUGGCUCAGCUAUUGAUUUUCAGCUUUAUACUGGGGGGAUCUAUGAUGGUGACUGCUCAGAUAAUCCUGAUGAUAUUGAUCACGCUGUUCUCAUAGUAGGCUAUGGAUCCCAAGAUGACGAGGACUAUUGGAUUGUGAAGAACUCAUGGGGAGUAAGCUGGGGCAUCGAUGGCUAUGUCUACAUGAAGAGGAACACUGGUUUGCCAUAUGGUCUAUGCGCCAUCAAUGCCAUGGCUUCCUACCCCACCAAAGUAGGAUCAACAUCUCCAAGUCCUUACCCAUCACCUUCUGCACCACCACCACCACCUCCACCACCGCCUUCGCCGCUACAGUGUUCGGAUGGAUCAUACUGUGAUUCUGAUGAGACCUGUUGCUGCAUAUCUGAGGUUGCUAGUGUCUGUGCAGUCUAUGGCUGCUGCCCAUAUGAAAAUGGAGUUUGCUGUGUAGACUCCAUGUACUGCUGCCCUGAAGGCUACCCCAUCUGUGAUGUUGAGGAGGGACUGUGUUUCCAGGCCACUGGUGACUCCUAUGGUGCGAUACUGAAGAAGCACAGGCCAGCCAAGCGCAGGUUCCCUUGGACCAACUAUGCAGCUAAGAAGAAGGAAGCAAACAAGCCGCUUGAGCUUGUCCGGCGCGGCCGAGGCAGAGCAAGAGCUGCUGUGUAGGCAGCAGGGAAUGGCUUUAGGUUCUGUCCUUCAGUCCCUGUGAUUGCCACUUCCUAUUCAAAUGAAAUAUGUAUGUACUUUGCUUUCUCUAAGAAUGUCAGAUAUGAAGCUGCCCGUCUGAACUCAAUCGAAUUCCACUAAAGUAAGAGAACCAAAUAAAAACAAGCUUGUAGUUGGACGUA